AUGCAAAGUUCCUUCCAAAUCUCCGAAGCGUACCGCAACAGGUGUUUGGAAAUCCUGGGCGGGCGUGGAGGAGGAAGUCGGUUCUUCGUGUUUUCUUUUUUUUUUUUUUCCCAUUUUCCUCCCAGUCAAGCCCAGAAGGCGGCGCUUCGUGUCGUCACUGAAGCGGCCAUGGCGCGGCUGCUUUGCUUGCGCUGCGGCUCCUGGACAAUGUUCUUGUUUUUCUUGUGUCGUCGGAGGGUUUGGGCGGCGGAGGAAGCGGCGGCGGACAGCUGCCACAACCUCCGACCGGGACAGUAUUUGUGUAAGGAGCCCGAGAUCGACGAUGGCACCCAGGAGCCGGAAAACUGCCAGGAUGCCAUCGCUUGGGUGGACUGUCUUCCUGCUCCAAACGUCACGUGUCGACUCUCCAACGGGACGGAAUUUCGCUUCAGCGGGGAGGAGGUGGGCUUUCGUAGGAGCGUCCCCUGCAGGAACGUGAGCGCGUACUCGUACAAGGUUGCCGUGGCGCUGUCGCUCUUCCUGGGCUGGCUGGGCGCCGACCGCUUCUACCUGGGAUAUCCCGCGCUGGGCGUGCUGAAGUUCUGCACGGUGGGCUUCUGCGGCGUCGGAACGCUGGUGGACUUCGUCCUCAUCGCCGUGCAGAUGGUGGGCCCGUCGGACGGCUCCGACUACAUCGUGGACUACUACGGCGCCCGCCUCCACCGCCUGAGCGUCACCGAGCGCACGUACAGGAAGCCGCACCUCUCGCCUUGACGGGAAGCCGUCAUUGGUCGGUGGGAGCGCCGCACCCGCAAAAGUCGGCGUUCACUCUUUCUUCGCAGCCCCUGAGUUUUUGAAUUUUUAAGGAAUAAAUUGUCGUUGUUGAAGCUG